AAAUGAUGGCUAAGAAUCAUUCUGAGACUAAAUACAGUAGUUUUUACAAAACAAAAGACACAUUCAACUCUGAUCUUGAAAUUGUGAAGGAUAAAAAGAAAGGAAAUUCUAAGGUAAAUGUAUCCCCUCAGCGGCAUAAAACUAGAUUAUAUCCAAAACUUGUGGUAAAUUUCUACACAAUUUCUAGAGGAAAAGUAUCAUUAACCAAAAAGAACCUUCUGUCCUUGUCGAUAAAGAGAGUUGUAAAUAAGAUCAUGACUAAAAGAAUCAAGAAUAAUCUCAGAAGGUUCACCUCAAUUCUUUCAGAUGAAGGAAAACAAACUGAUUGCAAGUUUCCUCUUGAGAGAAAAUUUGAACCCAAGGUUAACUUUAAUUCCUCAGAAGUGAGAUAUUGUGAUAAGCCUUCUAAAGUGACCACUCGUAUUAAUUUUUUGGAGAGAAAACAGAGUCUUCAAUUUAUAAAAUUAUCACCACAGAAAUAAAAAUCGCAGAGGGCUUAAAUUCGAGAUAGAUUAUAGUAGAGUUAAGACUAUUAUUAAGAGUUACAAGCAGAAAAAUCCUAAUAGUAGAAAAUUCCAGCAGGUAUCCACCAGGAAUCCGAGACUCGUCAAAUCGAAAGGAGCUCCAUCACAGAGAUAUAAUGAGAUGUAUGACCAUAGAGCUCACUCUAUUUCUAAGGACUCCUUGAGGUUAUACGAUCAGAAAAGAAUGACCACAUCAAAUGCCCAUGCACAAGGAGAUCCAUUGCCUAUCCAAAAGACUUGAGAUAGGUUUUAUGGGAUAAAAUCCCAUACGAACAUCAAGACAGGAAAUCGUUUUCUUGAAUCAAAUUCUUUCUCAAACACCUGACUUGAUCAGUCAAAUGAGAGCGAUAAUCAAAGAAGAUGCAUAUGCAGUAUGAACAGCGAGAAUAAUUAUUUCUCACCAAAAGAAAUAGAAUCAGACCAUCAGGACUACUGUCCUAGAUGAGCAUACUCCUCUUAUCUUUCCAACGGGAGUUAUAAUAAAAGCGAGAUAGCUGGAAAUUUAAAAAUCCAGUCCCGUUACCUUCCUAUCAGAGAGAACCUGACGUUUUAUGGGAAAAGGAGGAAUGAAAUUACGUUAAAAGAUAGGAACAAAGUUCUACUUAAAAUCAGAAAGCUGUAGAGAUCAUGUAAUUUUAUA